AUGCGAUUGUACGAUCCAUCCGAGUGGAGAGCAGAUGUUAGUACGCCGUGUGGCACGCUUCCGUGCGGAUGUGCCAUUCAGUCCCGUGAUGUGGAGAGUAGCUCCAAGUUCUGUGCGUGUGAAGGAAAAUGUGGGCAAGUCUUAAUCCAAGUGUUCCGUGAACCUCAAAAAGAUAUGGUGGCGAAACGCUGGGUUGCGAACCUCUCCAUCUUGCUUCCAUGGAUUAUCGUACUCGUCUUCCUGAUCUCCUCAACAAGAUCAGAAGUGGCUCCUCUAGAACCUGGUUUGAACGAUGUCCCAGUCGUCAUUCCUGUACCAGCAUCAAAUGGAAAUGCGACGAAUUCUACAGCUAGUGGGGAAACAGGGAAAGGAUUUGUCCAUGCGUUUGUGGCAGCAUUGAGUAUAGUGGUAGUCUCGGAGAUAGGAGACAAAACGUUCUUCAUUGCGGCAAUUAUGGCCAUGCGACAUCCAAGGUCUACGGUGUUCCUUGGAGCCGUAUCAGCACUGUUCUUAAUGACAUCGCUUUCAGCUGCUUUGGGAUAUGCUGUACAAGUUAUUCCGAAGAUAUACACUUAUUACGUAUCCGCGGGCCUGUUUGCAAUAUUUGGGAUCAAGAUGUUGAUUGAGGGCAUAAGAAUGAAACCUGACGAGGGACAAGAAGAGCUGGAGGAAGUUCAGUCAGAUUUGCGUCGUCGCGAAGAAGAGGCCGAAAGGUCGCCAGGAAAUGCGGAGGCUCCACGACCGGGUUCCUCGGCAAGUCAUCGAUCAUCACGACCGACUCCGAGUGCUUGGAAAGUUUUAGCUAGAGUAUUUUUGCAAGCUUUUACAAUGACCUUCCUUGCGGAAUGGGGUGAUCGGUCACAGAUCUCAACGAUUGUGCUAGCUGCCACAGAGAACGUAUGGGGCGUUACCUUAGGAGGAACAAUUGGGCAUUCAUUGUGCACGGGUGUAGCAGUUAUUGGCGGUCGCAUGGUCGCCCAACGGAUAUCGGUGAAAACUGUGACGAUAAUCGGAGCAAUUGUGUUCCUGCUCUUCGCCUUAUCUUCCCUGUUCAUCGGUCCCGACGGAUUCUCAGGAUUUUGAAAGCCAGGACGAAGCUUGAAACAAAACAAAAAGACGAGAAAAAAAGAAAAGACGCCAAGGUGCAAACCUCGUAAUGGAGGCUACUUAGAACAACGCGUUGUUUUGUCCCAAUCGUCUGAUUUUUCCACUUCCACGCAGUGUUUUCGUUCCGUUUAUCUAAAGGUGAGUUCAAAAGCUUGACUGGCGAAUGUGAAGUGAAGAAAACCCCGGUUAUCUGUCAUACGUGGAAUUGUUUUAAGAUUCUGUUUUUCUAGUAUGUCGAACAGACCGUCUGCCAUAAAAUUUAGUUGUGUUGCGGGUACGUGACUGGAAAGUAUGACGAAUCAGUUGAAAUUCAGUUUCUUGUUGAUUGAUUUGACUAUGAACCGUAGCUGACGGAAAAGAAAUCAUGAGAAAAUUGUUCCUUGAUGUCAUUAAGCAUUUAACUUGUUCUUAGUUAGAAAAUGCUCUUCUUUCAGUCACGUACUGGGUCAAAUUUCUCAUUCAGGUUGGUCAAGUACUGGAACAGAGCUUUUGCAUUUGGUCACGUACCAGAGCCACGCCUUUAUUUUUUUCCCCUCUCUUAUUUUGGUAUCAUUCCUUUUUUGACGUGGAUUAGGACGAUUUCUGUUACUAGAAAGAAGUGCAAGAUGAAACGUCAGGUGAUUUUUAGAAUGUGUGUUGUGUGUCUCCGCUGAACAGUGGAAUAUUCUCUGUGGAAAAUUUGAAGAUGCUGCUAGGAUUGGAGGUGUUGAAAAGACUUCGAUGGUUGAAAUGUGUCGCGCGGAUUUGUUUUUCGUGUCCAAAGAAGGGAUAUAAAGAUCUUUCGGAGUGAGUCUGAAACAGUGCUCAUA